GAGGUUUAAAAAGAAGGAGAGAGAACUCUUUUAUUUCUAUUGAAAUCAUCCGUGUCUCAUGUUUACUUUUCUCUAUUGUUCUUACAUCGAAUUCUGUCAAUCAAAAUUUGAAAUCUCGCGCUUAAAUUAAUAAAUUAGCCGUUGUCUUUUGUUACUAUUUGCAUAAAUUAUGAGCCCGCGGCUAUUUUUCUCUCAGCGGUAAAUGCUUGUUAGUUGAUAAAUUUGUCGUUUUUACAUAUCAUAAACAAGCAAGAAGCGAAAUGGCAGGCGAAGACGUUAAAAAUAUAAUAGAAUUGGAUGAUGACUUUUUUGUGACGGAAGAAAUGUUGUCAGAUUUUACUGUUUACGAAAGUUGUGAGGUGGAAGUAUCGUUUGUGGAAGAUCUGUUGGAAGAAGAAAAUGAAGUAGAUGCUGGAUAUUUGGGUAUUCCUCAAAUAGUAUUCGUUGAUGAAGAAGAUGUGGACAUGGUGGUUGAUAACAACAGUACCAAAAAUGUGAAGUUUGUGUGCAGCAAGUGCAAAAAACAGUAUUUUAAAGAAGCUUACUACAAGAAACAUACUCUGAUAUGUAAAAAGCCAACAGAUCCAGAAACAACAACAGUGGCAAGAAAAACUCUUGAUGACUCAAAAAAUAAAUCAACUACAACAAUUUCCACAAAACAAGUUAAAUCAAAAUCGAAUCAAUCUUUAUCCAUCACCGAUCAUGAGCUGCAGCAAGAAAAAAUGAAUUUUGUUCGUGAUGCUAUGGUUAAAAUUUCAAAAGACCCAAUCAAUAACAUUGUUGUGAAAGGAUUCAAAACACCUGGAAAUCGUGUCAAAGAAUUAGCCAACUCAAUUUUGAAUGCUGGGAGUGAUGUUUUGGACAUUAUUUCUGAAAAUGUAGUGUGUCGCAUAUUUAAAGAAUUGCAAAAAUCUAACCUACUGACUGGUUCAGGAAAAGAAUCUCUUUGGAGAAAAGUGCAUGAACUUGCACAAGACGAUAAAUUCAGACAACAUUGGAAACAUGUAUUACCUAAAGGAUACUGCAUUGACAGUCAAGAAUUCUCUAUGUUGUUGCAGAAAUUUGUUAUGGAGUUAAUAAAAAUACUAGUAGCUCAUGAAAACAAAAAUCGACAUGUCGAAAAAUUAUUAUAAUUAAUUAAUUAAUUUAUUAAUUAUUUUCUUUUGUUCCAUGACAAUGGAAAACAUCACCGAGUGCUGCGACGUGCUGCGACACCCUACCGAGAAUUCGUCUACUUCGAGAGUAAAAAAAACAAUUUUAUAAAUAACCCCUCCUGACGAGACCUGCACAAAAACGUUAAUCAACCCUUUAACUAACAUUUUCCCAGGAGGGGACAUACGAAAUAGUUUAUAAGUUGUAAAACUUUACGAUCUCCCAAGGCAGCUUUUCGCACUUUGAAGGCACUUUACUCCUUCCGCGUCCUUAUGGAAGUGGAAAAACAAACUUCACCCUCAUUGAAUCUUGUAGUUUAACUAAACUACAUGUUUUCCUGCUCUUCCGCAUUGCUGUAAGUGUGAUUUUUAAGAUUUAUCUUUUCUCGUUAAAACACUCGUUUCAGAGUCGGUAGGUAAAUAUUGAGCCAAAUCAGAGACACGGAUCAGUUCAAAGGGGCGCCGAAACAAUAAAAAAUUGAAUAGAAAAUUUAAAGGGACGCCGCGAGUUCUCUCUCCUUCUUUUUAAACCUCCUUGUAAUAAGUAAUUGUUUGUUUCUCUUUUUUUUAGUUAUUUGCUUAGUCGUUUGUACAAGGAUAUAGCUUUUUUUUUCCAAUUCUUCCCACUGCACUAAACAAAAUUGAAGUGACAGAGCCGUGCUCUAUAUCUAGGCUUUUAAUUGCGUUUUUUUCUCUUUCAAUGACUCUGUAUGCUUUUUAAUUUUUGGUAUUAUAGUACAUUACAGAGGUGGAGUUGAACACCCUUAUGUCAAAGAUUUUUUCUGGUCAGAAAUAAAAAUCUCCCUGGCUAUAAUGCCUAAUUUUGCCUUGUCUGCUCUAUCGCACGUAUUUCGAUCAUGAUUUCACCUGUCAAUGGGUUUACAGGUGGUUCGAAACAUACAUCCUUGCACACUACGGACAAUAGUUUUGCUGUCAGAUCCCGUGUUAUGUCGCAGCGUGACGAAGCCCCUUUUUUUGCACCACGGUAAACAUUCUAGAUGAAUUGAGAACCUGAAGCGCAUUAGUUGGCGGGACGGCUUAACUGGUGUCUAUAACAAAUCUUGAUGAAGUCUCAGAAGGAUUGUUUGUCUCAAUGGAAUUCCUCUUCUUUAAUUGGCAGUGUCGUUAA